UCCAACAUAAGUGACGGACGUUUGCUAUUCGAUCUCGUGAAGCAACCAGUAGACAGAGCCCUACUUACUUUUGCGCCCAAGGCGCCUGCGUCACUCAUAUUCAGUUUAUACCAACACAAGAUGGCCGAAGCGAUUGGUCUCGCGACAAGCGUUAUCGCCGUUGCCGAAGUCACAGGCAAGGCCAUAGGUCUGACUCUCAAAAUCAAAUCGCUCUGGUGCGAAGUCAAGAACGUCCCAGCCGCUCUUCUCGAAAAGGCUGAAGAACUUCAAGAUUUAGACGACUAUCUCAAAGAUGCCGAAACUCAGACUGCGAGCAGUCCUGUAUCUAAGUCGGUCGUCGACGAUGAGAUUAUGCAGAAGUCGCUCCGGCGAGCCCGCGCCGCAUUGGCAGAUAUACAGAACACCAUCGAUGACCUCAGUCUUCAGAUGUCUGAUCCGCGGAAGCAUCGACGCAAAUUGACUGCUGCAAAAUUUGUCUUGCAGAAAGAUACAAUAGAAGACAUGGAACGAAAGCUCGAUCGAGCUUUGGAACUUUUCAAGGUGGCUCAAGGAAUCUAUUGCACAAAAUUGACUAUGCUUUCCACGGCCAUCAUAUUGGAACGGCUCCCGAAUUGUUUGAGUCCUUCGGAAGUCACAGAGAAAUCAUCCCAAAAAGUCGAGGUGGCAGAAUUCUUUCACCAACAUAAACCAGCUGUUGCCAACAUAGCUGGCAAGGACAACCUUGAUAUGGCUCAAGGCACAACCGCUAUUGGAAGGUUUCGUCUUGGGUUUGGAGACGACGUCUUCCAGAUUUCACUCAGAUCACCCAGUUGGCUCGGCAGCAAGGUUUAUUCCGCCAUGUGCCACAAGAGCAUACUUGGGUGGCAAAUCAAUCUUAGAACUUAUGUAGUGAUCGAGAACUUCUCCAGCUUUGAAGACGCGGUGAAGUCCGAUGAUCCACAGGCUCUCAUGCAACAUUUGCGAUCAAGAUCGCUAACGCCCUUUGUUCAAAACGAGCGCGGAGAAAACUUAAUAUCCCUUUGCGCCCAAAACCGAUGGGUCAACGUUGCGAAAUGGCUUCUCACCUUUGGGCUGUGCGCUGAUAUCUAUAGCGGUGACCCAACGCUGAGGUUCAUCAUCCUCAAAGUCUGUCGUUUCAUCGACACUUCAGUGCUGAUUUAUUACAGGUACCCGGAUUCAAGUCAACUCCUUUUCGACGCUGCCAAUCAGUGGAUGCAUCCUCCAACUGCCCGCUCAGAUUCUCCAUCCGACUUAACUCUCCUUUUCGCCUUACACGCGCUAGAUGGAGACGCUAGUAUCUCAGUUCACCUCAUGGUCUUCAUAGCAGGCCUCGCAAACUUUGAUAAUUUUACGAGACUGCUUCAUUCCAAGUCUCGAGUGUCGGAUCCAAAAUGGUUCUCUCUUAACUCCAGAGUCUCAUUUGCAUAUUCUGGAAUCCGGGGCUCUGUCUGGACCUUGAAACAAACAUCUUCCGUGGUUCCGGAACUCCGAAGCCUCACUAGAGAGCUCCUGAUUUCAUGGCGACUCGGAAGACAUGACCCAGUUGUGAUGACCUUGGCAGCAGUGGGAAUCGGGGCUUCGUCUGCUCGAGCACCCCGUGGCGAUCCCGCCCAGUCGGAAUCCGUCACUGAAUAUGCGCGACUAGCCGACCAAAUUAUUGCACUUGAUCCUGACAGUCUCAUUAAAGCUACCAAAGACCAGUGGAAAACGAGUCCGAUGCACAUGUUCAUGUGGUAUAUGCUUACCAACAUGCAGCCUUGCUCAGCAGAUCAGGCGGACAAAAUCAUACAAUCGGCUUUACUUGUCUGGGUGACGACACUAUACCGCAACAAGGUGGAUCUUAUAAAUCAUGGGCGUCAGUCGCAAAUGACAUACAGCGUGCGAAGGCGCUUUGUGCUCCCUGGUUGGUCGUUUCGGAUGGUUCAAGAUCUCUCUGAGCCACGUAAGCGUCAUCAGAAACGUGGACGAUAUUAUCGAGCUGAAUACGUCGGCAUCACUUACGGUUCCUUGCCGAAACAUUGGAAGAUAUGGUGGGCGGUUGAAUAUGAGUGUUAUGCGGGUGAUUUUUGGAAAAUGCUUGAGGAUUCUGCCACCCAGAUUCCAGGUAGCUGGGUGGAUGAAAGAGUUUUUGACGACCACAAGCUUUUGCCAUCGUGGGUGCUUAAAGAGAACCGCCCGUUGAUUUGGUCUGAAUAUCGCAAGACCAGGCCACCUACAUAA